GUUCGGGCGGGCGCUGUCUGAAGAAGAAAAGGCCAAAAUUCCCUGCCAGACCCAACAUAAAGUACGGACAAUAAAGCUAAGGCGUUUUCUUCCCUUCCUUCAUGUGAACAAGAUCAGAUCACUUCAAACACCCUUUUCUUUGCAUCUCUUCUCAGUUCUGGGUUGUUUUAGAUCUCUCACAAAUCUUUGAUCCAUGGGGGGUUUCUUAGAGCAGUUCAAGAAAUGGGCACUGAUGAUCUGCUGUGCCUGUGCGAUUCUUCAAUUGGUCCAAGGAUUUUAUCUCCCCGGAAGUUUCCCUCACAGGUACGACAUAGGCGACCAGUUAUCCGUGAAGGUCAAUUCUUUAACCUCAAUCGAGACAGAAAUUCCAUACGGUUAUUACACUCUCCCAUUCUGUAAGCCAUUAGAGGGCGUCAAAGACAGUGCUGAAAACCUAGGGGAGCUCCUAAUGGGAGACAGGAUUGAGACUUCUCCUUACAGAUUCAAAAUGCGUGUGAACGAGAGCGAAAUCUUUUUGUGCCAAACCAACGCUUUAUCAGCUGAUGAAUUCAAGAUUCUCAAGGAGAGGAUUGAUGAGAUGUAUCAGGUGAAUUUGAUUCUUGAUAAUUUGCCAGCAAUUAGGUAUAUGACUAAAGAUGGGUUCCUUCUUAGAUGGACAGGGUACCCGGUUGGAGUUAAGGUCCAAAACUCCUAUUAUGUGUUCAAUCAUUUGAAAUUCACUGUUUUGGUUCACAAGUAUGAGAGGACCACAGUGCCUGGUGUGAUUGGGGCUGCAGAUGGGGCAGAACUUAUAGCCACAGAUGAUAAAGCUAGCAAAGAAGUUGGAGGGUAUAUGGUGGUGGGAUUUGAAGUAGUGCCCUGCAGUUUUCUGCAUAAUCCGAAAUCGCUUGGGAAUCAAACCAUGUAUGCUGUGUAUCCUACUCCGAUUAAGUGUGAUCCGGCUAUGGUGGCCAUGGUGAUCAAGGAGGGGCAGCCGUUGGCUUUCUCGUACGAGGUUACCUUCGUGGAGAGUGACAUUACUUGGCCGUCGAGGUGGGAUGCAUAUUUGAAGAUGGAAGGGGCUAAAGUCCAUUGGUUCUCUAUCCUCAAUUCCCUGAUGGUGAUUACAUUUUUAGCAGGGAUAGUUCUGAUUAUUCUGUUGAGGACGAUCCGGAGAGAUUUGGCUCGGUAUGAGGAGCUGGACAAGGAGGCUCAGGCUCAGAUGAAUGAGGAGUUAUCCGGGUGGAAAUUGGUAGUUGGGGAUGUGUUUAGGGCUCCCGAGAGCGUGGAGCUUCUGUGUGUUGUAGUGGGAAAUGGAUGCCAGAUUUUGGGAAUGGCUGUUGCCACUAUUUUCUUUGCAGCUCUAGGGUUCAUGUCCCCGGCUUCUCGGGGGAGUUUGAUCACAGGGAUGCUCUCAUUCUACCUGUUGUUAGGGAUUGUGGCAGGCUAUGUUGGGGUGUGGCUAUUGAAGACGAUUAAAUGUGGCGAUCCAACGGGAUGGUUCUCGAUUUCAUGGCGAGUGGCUUGUUUCUUCCCUGGAAUUGCCUUCUCAAUCCUCACAAUCCUCAAUUUGCUCCUUUGGGGAAGCCAAAGCACUGGGGCAAUCCCACUCCUCACUUACAUUAUCCUACUUCUUUUGUGGUUCUGCAUUUCAGUCCCAUUGACACUAAUGGGUGGAUUGAUUGGCACCCGGGUUCCCCACUUGGAAUACCCCAUCAAAACCAACCAAAUCCCCCGGGAAAUCCCGGCUCAGAGGUUCCCGACCUGGUUUCUAGUCAUCGGAGCAGGAACGCUCCCCUUCGGGACUCUCUUCAUUGAGCUCUUUUUCAUCAUGUCUAGCAUAUGGCUAGGCCAUGUCUACUACGUCUUCGGUUUCCUCUUCAUCGUCCUCAUCCUCCUCGUGCUCGUGUGCGCUGAGGUUUCGCUCGUCCUCACUUACAUGCAGCUGUGCGUGGAGGACUGGAGAUGGUGGUGGAAGUCCUUCUUUGCCUCGGGCUCAGUCGCGCUCUACAUCUUCCUAUACUCCAUAAACUACCUGGUUUUCGACCUCAAGAGCCUGAGCGGACCUGUCUCGGCGAUUCUCUACUUGGGCUACUCGUUGUUGAUGGCGCUGGCCGUCAUGCUCGCCACGGGAGCCAUCGGCUUCCUCACGUCCUUCAUGUUCGUGCAUCGCCUUUUCUCGUCUGUCAAGAUUGAUUGAUUGAUAGAUUAUAGUUAUAUAUAUCAGCACCAGAGUUGUUUUACUUUCAGCUCUUUCUUUCUAUCUGUUUAUCAUAGUUUGGUUUGCAGUGCAAUAAUGGAGAGUUGUUUAGAGUUGCUA